UAAAACUAGAAUUGCGCCAAAUUACACGAAUUAAAAUUAUUUUUUGAAUAAAUGACAAUUGAAACUAAUAUCUGCGGCUAAAUAAGGUAACAUUGAAAAAAAACGGUUAAUUUUUAAUUUAAAUAUUUCAAUGAUAUAUCAUAACAAUGGACAGUAAUUCCGCUGAUAUCACAGGAAAAGAUAAUCUUAAGGAUUGGGAUUCCAGCAUAAGUUCAAGUACUGACAUCAAGAUGCCGGACAUGGACGUAGAUUCUAAGGAUACAAAGCCAAUAUUAACAAGACCUAAAUCCGAUGGACCUCCACCAAAGCGACAGGCCAAUGCUAUCCCAUUAGACGGCUUCAAAUGGAACAUGCAGGCGCUAGCUACAGCUGCGGAUGCGGUUGAAUCUGGCGGCAAAUCGCCUGUCUCAGCACUCAAUGAACUAGGAGUACGAGUGAACUAUACGUUACGUCAACAAGGAGGACCCCCUCAUUGUCCGAGCUUUGUUAUUACUGUUGAGGUAGCGGACAUGAAGUUCGAAGGAUUCGGUCACAGUAAACGUGAGGCUCGAGCCGCAGCGGCGCGGGCUUGUCUCACAGCGCUGAUGCAGCGAGCUGGUCGUCUACUGCCAGCUCCGCCAAGAUACCAGGACUUCACCAGCGAUGAGACAACAGCUGGUAAAGCAAUAGAUGCCCCUUCUUCACCAUUAUUUUCACCAUCAACAUCUCUAUUUGGGUCUAGAUUACAGGCAUCUAAUAAGAGUCCUAUAAAUAUGUUAUACGAGAAUUAUCCUGGAUUAAGUUUUAUAUGUACUUAUGGGGAUGGUUCAUCUUUAGAUUCUGCAUAUGCACCUUUUCAACUCAGUCACAGUAUGCGUUUUAAAGUUGUCUGCAAAAUAAAGGAUUACAGAUUUGAAGGAUAUGGUUCGAGUAAGAAGUUAGCCAAAGUAGCAGCUGCUCGCGUUGCUCUGGCUGAGCUUGGAGAGGCGCGCGCCGGACCACAGCGCCCGCUGCCAGCUGCACCGCUCAACCAACUGCUGGCUGAUCAUGUUGCUAGGUUAGUAAAUGAUAAGUUUCAAGAAAUGGUUCGCAACAAUCUGGUACAUUCUAAAAGGAAGGUUCUCGCUGGUAUCGUUAUUACUAUAGGCAAUGGUAUAGAGGGCGCUAAGGUGAUUGCUGUAACUACUGGUACAAAAUGUGUCUCCGGAGAACAUAUGUCAGUUAAAGGGUUGGCACUAAAUGACUGUCAUGCUGAGGUAGCUGCAAGGCGAUGUUUACAAAGAUAUUUGUACUCACAGCUACUUAUGUAUGCUUCAGCUUCAGAUCCAAAGCAAUGCAUACCAGAUUCAGAUAUAGAACCGAUACCAACCGGUGGUUAUCAAUUGAAACCUGAUCGCAGUAUACAUUUGUAUGUGAGCACAGCUCCCUGCGGAGACGGGAGGAUAUUCAGCCCUCAUGAGAACAACGAGUCCGAACUGGAUAGACAUCCUAAUAGACUAGCUCGAGGUCAACUGAGGACCAAAAUAGAAUCUGGUGAAGGCACCAUACCUGUCAAAAAUAGCAGCAACAUCGUACAGACAUGGGAUGGAGUACUACAGGGCGAACGUCUCCUAACCAUGUCUUGUUCAGACAAAGCGGCGCGCUGGUGCGUUGUUGGUCUGCAGGGGUCAUUGUUGGCCUGUCUACUUAGACCUGUGUAUCUUAGCUCUCUGGUGCUCGGCUCCUUGUUACAUCCACAGCAUUUGUACAGGGCAAUAUGCGGUCGUAUAGAGAACUACAUAUCGUCUUUACCUCCUCCGUACCGACUACAGAGAUUGAAGUUAGCUCGCGCAGCUAGUACUGAAGCUAGGACAGCGACUAAAGCGCCCUCUAUCAGUAUAUGUUGGUGUUGUACUUCACAGAUGCCGGAAGUUAUAAACGCGACCACAGGCAAGUUGGACUCAGGACAACCGUCGUUGUUGUGCAAGCAGAGUAUGUUUGCGCGUUGGCAGUACCUCAUCACCAAGCUGCCUUUGUUACCGCAGGAGACAGAUGAAGGACCCAAAGAGAUCAAGCCACCCGCGGAUCUAACCAACAUGCAGUAUUUUGAGGCAAAACAAAUUUGUACAACAUAUCAGGCUGCAAAGGAACGUUUAACAAUAGCAUUUGAAAAAGCAAACCUGGGUCGUUGGAUAAAAAAACCAAUGGAACAGGAUUAUUUUGUAUGUGAUAUUGUGAACCCAGAUCCCAGAGCACUGUUCGCCUAGACGGACAAUAACCCACUCGUUAACACCUUGCAAGUGUACACGACGCUAUUGAGAGGCUUUGGAACUAGUUGUAUUAAAUUUAAAAUGAAAAUUAGGUACAUUAUAUAAAUCUAAAU